GUAAACGUAUAACAUCAUUUGAGCCAUCAUGUUAUCCCAAACGUUGGAAAUAUCCUGUGGCUGUGAAAAUUCCAACAAAUAUGUACUCUAUAAAUACCCUCACAUCACAUAUAUAACAUAUCAUGCACACAAAAUCCAUAGUUCUUCUAGCUAUUUCUUCCUAAUACACCAAAACCUAAUAACUUGAGCAGGAUAUUGAAUCCACCAUGUCAUUUAAGGAAGAUCCACGGUCACCUUUGCAACCACCAACAUAUGGGAAUCUAAUCACUAUCCUUAGCAUCGACGGAGGUGGAGUACGAGGAAUCAUUCCGGGUGUGAUCCUUGAUUUUCUAGAAACCGAACUACAGAAAUUAGAUGGCGAGAAUGCAAGACUUGCAGACUAUUUUGAUGUGAUUUCCGGGACAAGCACUGGUGGCAUUGUGACGGCUAUGUUAACUACUCCGAAUGAAGAGGGUCGUCCAGCCUUUGCGGCUAAGGAUGUUAAAGAAUUUUAUCUUGAACACUGUCCUAAGAUCUUCCCACCCGAUAAUCAUCCUUUCGCUGCUGCUACAAAUGUGAUCAAAGCUUUAUCGGGCCCAAAAUACGAUGGCCAAUACCUACACGAGAUUAUUCGUGAAAAACUACAUGAUAGACGACUCCAUGAAGCUGUAACAAAUAUUGUGAUUCCAACCUUUGACAUCAAACACCUGCAGCCUGUUAUCUUCUCGAGCUACCAGUUGAAGAAUAUCCCUAGCCUGGAUGCCAAGAUCUCGGAUAUAUGCAUUGGAACGUCGGCAGCCCCAACUUAUCUUCCUUCCCAUUCAUUCCAAAACGAAGAUUCGGAGGGAAAGUUACUUAGAGAAUUCAAUCUUAUAGAUGGUGGAGUGGUCGCUAACAAUCCGACAUUGGCUGCGAUAAGUGAAGUAAGUAAGGAAAUAACCACAGGAAGUCCUGACUUUUUCCCGAUAAAGCCACUGGAAUAUGGCCGUUUUCUCGUUUUGUCAUUAGGCACAGGGUCUCAGAAAUUUCAAGAGAAGUAUGACGCUACAAAGUCUUCUAGUUGGGGCGUUUUAGGGUGGUUAGCCGGUGGUGGCUCUACUCCAUUAGUGGAUGUUUUCACUCAGGCUAGUGGUGACAUGGUUGACUACCACAUCUCUACCGUCUUCCAAGCCCUGCAUUCAGCAGAAAAUUAUCUCCGAAUUCAGGAUGACACUCUAAGUGACUUAGCUUCCAUGGAUUUAGCUACUGAAGAAAACUUAGAGAAUCUUGUGAAAGUGGGCGAGGAGUUGCUGAAAAAACCAGUGACCAGGGUGAAUCUUGGCACGGGCCUAUAUGAGCCUUAUCAUCAUACUACCAACGAGAUGGCUCUAAAAAAGUUUGCGGCAAUACUUCACAAGGAGAAGUAUGUACGAGAACUAAGAUCUCCGAAUACUAAUAAAGGAGGCAUGAAUCAAGUAACGUCGAUUGAAGACCAAACUACGCUUUCGGAAAGAUCGUUAAAACUCUCGGAGCCAAUUCAUCACUCUCUUAGAGAUUUGCACAAACUCGACAUGAACUAAGAUUUCCUUAUUUUGUUUAACUAGCUUUUAUUUGGUUUAUUAAGUAUUUAAACCAAUAGUUGAUAUGUUUGGAGUAAAAUCUUUACUUUCUGGAGGAAAAUAAACAAAUAUAAAUCACAUGUAUACUCAUCCUUA